GCUUAUGGCUUUCCAUUCUACUCCGGGGACCACCAAAUACUCUUUCUGCCUCUGCCUAUUCCUAAGGGCAGUUCGAUAUCUGGUCUUCUUUCGUGUUUCCAUCCACUUCUAAAUCUUUACUCUUUAGCUGGGUACAUAACCCUUCUGGUGACCAAGCCAGUCUGUCCAGCUACUUCGGACACCGACAAAACCGGUCCUCUUUUCCAGAUUCCAGUCGGCUUCUCUCCCGAUAGACAAACUACUUGCCUUGGUUCGAGACACAUCUUUGAUUAUUCUAUCUGCCUGUCACCUGAGGAUUUGCGCUAUCUGCCGGUGCCUGCGUCAGCGGGUCGCCAUGCUCUAAUUGCUCUCCAUCUUGGUGUGCCCCUCUUUAAUGCCAGCCUUAGCAAAGCUGUUUAUCACGGCCUAACAGGAUUAAGUGGGUGUUCUGGCCAAAAUCAAUCUGGUCCUCUGGCUGAAUUGGAAACAGCAAACAGACAAUUAGUUGGCCAAUUGGCUUGCUUCAUUUCUCUUCUGUCUAGUGAUGAGAUAGGAGCCGAAGAGAAAGGAGAUAAGCUUAAGACAUUGCUGCGCACAAAUUUACCUCUGAAGGCCUCGAUGAGGCUGACUGGAGUCUACUCAAAUUCAAAAACAUGGGCUGAUGUGUGGAUGCACCGCCUAGCAACACAUUGCACUGGUUCUGGUCCAGGACCUUGGCCAUUGCCAGUACACUCUAUACUCCUUGGGGACGCUGGUCUCCAAUUUUUAGAUUAG